CGCGGGAGCCAGCGGGCGCCCAGACCUGAGAGGUGCUCGGGCGCGCGUGCAAUCGGUCGUGGAAUUGGGUGCCGCCUCCCGGUCCGGCCCGUCCGCCCGCGCGUGCAGCUCGCGAGCCGCCGCCCCAAGGUGCUCGGGGUCGGGGGGCCGAGACCCCCGGCCUUCCACAGCACGGCUGCCGGCGGCCGCUCGCGGAGAUGCCUGGGAAGAAGGCGCGCAAGAGCGCGCAGCCGAGCCCCGCGCGGGCCCCGGCAGAGCCCGAAGUGGAAUGUGCCAUGCAGCUCCGGAGAUUUGGAGACAAACUGAAUUUCCGGCAGAAACUUAUGAAUCUGAUAGCCAAACUCUUCCGCUCGGGAACCUGACUGCACUGGGAGCUUUCAAACGAGGAGAUGCCUUUGAAAUGGAAGCUUCCCCAGUAGAUGCAAAUUUCAUCAGUUAGAAGAGAGACUGCCUUGUAAUGGAGGAGAAUGCGGAGAAUCAAUUGCUUCUGGAUGCCCUUGGAAACCAAGAUGGGAGUACAUCAGAGACGGAUUUCUGUCAGAGAUGUCUCAGAAGUCCUUUUUCUGGGGCUUGUGAGAACAUUAUAAAACCACUUUGUUUAUUUUUAAAUCAAGAAUGAAUGGAGGAGCUCCAGAAAAUAAGGAAUGGAUUGCUUAUACACUGAGAUUUUACUUCGAAAGUUAUUCUGGUAGUUUUGCGGAAGGUUGCUACCCAGAGGUGUGGGCAAAUGAAGAACUGUGGGCAGAUGCGAGAAGGGAGAAUGUUCAGUGUUGAUUAUCACUUUGGGAUGACACAAAAGUGCUGUACAGUAUUCGGCUUCUAGAUUACCUUGUUCAAAGUAGAGAUUUCGUUCUGAAAACACUGAAUGUCCUCGCGAAUGUUGAUUCCAUAGGUCACUACAAAAUAUAAAAUAAUUUGAAAGUGUUUUCCUUCCGACUCAAAAUGUAUUCCUUCUGUUCAGAUGAUCCUGCCUUGAAUUAUGUUCUGAAUCUUCACUGGAAAGUCUGUACUUUGAAAAAAUGUGCUAGAGCUGUUACAUGGUGCCAGUGAGAUUUUUGCGGGUAGAAUUGUUACCACAUAAAGAACAUGCGAAUUUGCGUACUGAGAAAUAAUGGGGGGGGGGGGGGAAGGGAUUUAGGCUUUUUACUACUGUAAUUAAGACUUAGUAAAACAAAUAUUCUACAGUUACUUGAUAGGAAAAGGAAUGUAUUUCUAAAGAAGUUUAGAAAAUCUGUAAAAUGCCGUUUCUCAUAUUAGCGUACAUCUUACAAGAAGUGAUCCUUUAAAGAAAUUAAGCAUGUUUUACAUAGGAUAUAUUUUUCUUAAAAAAAAGAGAAUGGAUUGCUCAUCCGGAAUGAAAGUUUCAUCUCUAUGUAAUUUGCAUUAUAAUAAUAUGUAGAUGCUGAGAAAAGUUUCAUGAAUUUCCAUUUUUUAUUAAGAAGCCAGGCUACCAGCAAAGCCGCCAGAUAUAUAGAAGAGAAAUAAUAAUAUCAUGAUUGAAUUUCAAUAAAUGAAUCUUAUUUAUUUUACCUAUUUAUAAUUAAAAUAUUUUUUGUUCAGUUUCAAAACAUAUUAGUUAAAGUUACAUUCUUAGGUUAUGAGACAAGGUUUUCAUAACUACUUGAACAGUAAGAAUGUUUUAAUAUAGGCUAUAGUCACUUUAGAUGAAAGAUUACCUCAGUAUCUGUUUUUCUUCAGUAUUACUUAAGGCUGUUAGUUUUAUUUAGUUGCGAAGAUGUUUUUUGGUCUGUCUAGAGACAGAUAGUUUGCCGAUGGGUAUUUAUGGUCUGUGAUUGUAUUUAUACGUAUAAAAGUUGAUACUGUAGCUGUAAACUAUUAAAGAUUAUCACCAGUC